UUCCUUAUCCUGAGCCAUACGUUUUCGAACAUUGGAGAACUACAACUCCCAGCACCCCACAAAAUCUCUCAGCCGUCUGGUGGGUGUUGUUGCAAUGGUGGUGUCGGAGGGACAUUGAAUGACUUUGGCUCCAUCACGGAAGAAAUACGGGUUUAUUAGGUUAAUUCAGCAUUCACGAGCAUGGAGGCUCUUAUACCCGUCAUAAACAAGCUCCAGGAUGUGUUCAACACAGUAGGGGCGGAUAUUAUCCAGCUGCCGCAGAUUGCAGUAGUGGGGACUCAGAGUAGUGGAAAGAGCUCUGUGUUGGAGAGCCUGGUGGGCAGGGACUUGCUGCCCCGUGGGACUGGCAUUGUAACCAGGAGACCUCUAAUCCUCCAGCUAGUCCACGUGGAUCCUGGAGACACAAGGAAACAUGAUGAAGGUGGCAGAGACACUGAAGAGUGGGGCAAAUUUCUACACACUAAAAAUAAGAUCUACACCGAUUUUGAUGAAAUCAGGCAAGAAAUUGAGAAUGAAACUGAGCGAAUAUCUGGGAAUAAUAAGGGAAUCAGCGAUGAACCCAUUCAUCUGAAGAUUUUCUCUCCUCAUGUCGUUAACCUCACACUGGUUGAUCUGCCAGGAAUCACUAAGGUGCCUGUGGGUGAUCAGCCUAAGGACAUCGAGAUUCAGAUAAGAGAUUUAAUCCUGAAGCACAUCUCUAACCCCAACUGCAUUAUCCUGGCUGUCACGGCGGCUAACACAGACAUGGCUACCUCGGAGGCCCUCAAGGUGGCCCGGGAAGUCGACCCAGAUGGCAGGAGGACAUUGGCUGUGGUGACCAAGCUGGACCUGAUGGACGCUGGUACCGACGCUAUGGAUGUACUGCUGGGCAGAGUGAUCCCUGUCAAACUCGGCAUAAUCGGAGUAGUCAACAGGAGCCAGCUGGACAUCAACAAUAAAAAGUCUGUGGCUGAUGCAAUUCGUGAUGAACACGCUUUCCUGCAGAAGAAAUAUCCAUCACUUGCCAACAGAAAUGGAACCAAGUACCUGGCCAGAACCCUAAACAGGCCCCACCUGCAGGGAUUCAGGGGGAGCAGGACGGCACAGGAAGCUGGAGGGGCAUGCUGAAGAAAGGGGAGGAAGCCCCAGGCUCAGGACCCGGAAGCCCACUUAAAGGAGCGGUCAACCUACUAGAUGUGCCUGUGCCUGUUGCCAGGAAGCUGUCGUCACGCGAGCAGCGGGACUGUGAGGUCAUCGAGCGCCUCAUCAAGUCUUACUUCCUCAUCGUCCGCAAGAACAUCCAGGACAGCGUGCCAAAGGCAGUGAUGCACUUCCUGGUCAACCAUGUGAAGGACAGCCUCCAGAGCGAGCUCGUUGGCCAGCUGUAUAAAUCUGGCCUUCUCAACGACCUGCUGACCGAGUCUGAAGACAUGGCCCAGCGGCGUAAGGAAGCCGCUGACAUGCUACAGGCGUUGCAGAGGGCCAGUCAGGUGAUAGCAGAGAUCAGGGAAACACAUCUGUGGUGAAGGAGAGGGGGGG